CCAAGGAAUGAUUUCAAAAGAUUCUUUUUGAAGCUCACCAAAGACGAUAAACUGUCAACAUCACAUACAGAAAGAAAAAGAAAAGUCCAGUACUUCAAAAAAUUUACAAAAUUUGACAUGUAAAAUUGUAAUUAAAAUUUAAAGUGUUUAUUAAAAUAAUCAAAAAAAUAAUGCAAAUUUGGAAAUCGUUUUUGGACGGGUGCCGUGGAGGGAGGCGGCUGUUUUGGGCCAGAGGCUAUAAUGCUCUUUGCUGCGAUAGACUCGAAGGUCGAAAUGUCAAGAGGGGAUACAGUACUUGUCCCACUGGGAUGAAGGUCACCAUCUGUGGAGCCGCGGGAUGUACCGGUCAACCCUUAGCAUUGCUGCUGAAACAAUGUCCGUUGUUGGAUGAGAUAGCUUUGUACGACAUGUGCGCCACCUGCGGUUACGGCAUGGAACUAAGCCACGUGGACACCAAGUGCAAAGUCUCCUCCUUCUCCGGGAAACAUAUGUUAUGCGAUGCACUACAAGGCGCGAGGGUAGUGGUGCUCGUGGCUCGCAACACAGUGGACACGUUCGAGCACAGCGCGCCGGUCGUCACUGAAAUAGCGCUGCAGAUUUGUAACACCUGUCCAGCGGCAUUCACAAUAAUAGCAACAGAACCAGUAGAGAGCAUGGUACCUCUAGUAGGUGAGAUCCAACGCCUCCGAGGUUCAUACAACCCCCGCGCGAUCCUCGGCUGCGUAGAACUGAACUGCGUGAGAGCUAACACGGUGCUCGCAGACUUUCUGAAAGUGCCCCCCGAGGCGGUCCGGGUCCCUGUCAUAGGGGGUGCUACCCCGAGCACUAUGGUACCCGUGCUGUCGGCCGCAGUACAUCCCUGUGUUAUGACUCAGGAUCAGAUCGAAUGCGUAACAUCCUGCAUCAUGAGCGGUAACGAGGCAGUAUGCGCGGCGAAGGGCUGCGCGACCGCCACCGCCUGCCUUGCCGGCGCGUACGCAAUCGCACGGAACACCAUCAACGUGGUCAAAGCGCUGCAAGGAAAGAAGAUCACUCAGUGCGCCUAUGUAGAUAGUUUGGGGACUUGUGCCCCGGAUUGCCAGUUCUUUGCUAGUGAGGUGAUUCUUGGCCCUUCAGGCGUGGAAAGGAACUUAGGCAUACCGGAGCUGUCCAAGUUUGAGAACUGUCUUCUGAGUAACUGUCUGCCUUACAUAAGGAACGAGAUAGCUCGUGCUAUCUGGCUGGUGUACACGAUGUGCCAGCAAUGCUGCUGCACGUCGUGCUGCGCGCACCCGAGCAGGUGCUACACGCAGCCCGUGGUGCCGUGCGUGCCGCCCACGACGUGGACCUGCGACUGUCCUGAUGCCUGCAGGGACGAGUAUCUCGCUUCGAUUUGUCGCGAUAUGACCUGCAAGUGUGGCGGCACAGACCUAUGCUGGAAGCCUCGGGAGGCCGACUACGAUGCGGCCAGAGCUGCCAACAUAACUCACCAGUUGCCAGUUAGGGCCCCCGCAUGUGGCCAGUGCAAGAUGCCUCGCAGCGUCCGAAUGGCCCAGGAGACCAGACAAAAGGCACGAGACCCCUGCAAGUCCAAAUGAUAGGGGGUCUUUUCUAUACCAAUUUUUAGGCGACAACUUUUCUGUGUUAUGUCACGUUGUACAGCAAAAAGACCUCCUGUUUAGAAGAUUCAAAACAAUCUUUAACGUUAUUUCCUUGCAGAAUUAUCAGUUGUAAUAUAAAAGAAAUGGGUGGUUAUUAAAUGAUCAGAUGGCAGAAAAGAGCUGACCGAAUGCCUGUUUCUCAACAGUUCAGAACUGGUAAAUUUUAGUGAAGUUUGCAAAUAUGAUGUUUAGGUAGUUGGAGUGAGUUGUUGAACUGCAAUAUUAUAAGGAACGUUGUUGGUGAGCUUGCAAUAAAAUUGUCUUGUAUUUACGGUCUUACGGUGCUGAAAAUAAAGUUCUUAGUAAAAUCAGUGUUUGUUGAGGUUUAUGCAAUUUCUUAUUUUUUAUAAUGACGAUUUAUAUUAUAAAUAAAAAAUAUGCAAAA